AUGGUGGGGAUGUCGCCUUUGAAAGCUUCAAUUCGUUCCGUUCGCCAAAGUGUUGGAUCCUUGAUAGACAAAGACUUGAAUCUUGUCUCUACACUCGGAAAGUGGACAUACAAUGACCACGACCUCGGCACUAGCAGCCAUCUUUCAUUCAUGAUGAGUAAACGCUGUGGCGUGAUGCUGACAGGUCUCACAAGGUGGGCUCGAUGA